CAUAAAUAACAGCAGGAGUGAUCUAACCCUAUACAGCCCAUCUUCUACGUGCAAAAACAGCGUGCGGAGGACGGCCACAUCUCCGACUGAAAACAAGUGGAUCUCUGUGGAUAAGAUCACUGGGCAGCCAUGGAAGAACUUACGGCUUUUGUAUCCAAAUCUUUUGACCAGAAAAGCAAAGAGAGCAGCAGCGGCAGUGGCAGCAGCAACAAGAAGGAGACGAUCACGUACAGGGAAGUUUUGGAGAGUGGGUUGGCUCGCUCGAGGGAGCUUGGAAACUCUGACUCUAACCUGCAGGACAUGACCGAGAGCAGCAACCAUUGCCCGGUGCAUCUUUUCAAAGACCACGUAGAGAGCGACAAGGACAAACUGAAGGAGUUCAGCACGGGCAGGACGGCGGAAGGGAUCUACGAGUGCAAAGAGAAGAGGGAAGAUGUGAAGUCAGAAGAUGAAGAUGGACAGACCAAGCUCAAACAAAGGAGAAGCAGAACCAAUUUCACACUAGAGCAGCUGAAUGAGCUGGAAAGACUUUUUGAUGAGACACACUAUCCGGAUGCCUUCAUGAGGGAGGAACUAAGCCAGAGGCUGGGACUGUCUGAAGCUAGGGUUCAGGUCUGGUUCCAAAACAGGAGAGCAAAGUGCCGAAAGCAGGAAAAUCAGAUGCACAAAGGUGUGAUCCUGGGAACCGCCAGCCAUUUAGACGCCUGCAGAGUGGCCCCCUAUGUGAAUAUGGGAGCCCUGAGGAUGCCUUUCCAACAGGUCCAGGCGCAGCUGCAGCUGGAGGGCGUGGCCCACGCGCACCCGCACCUGCACCCGCACCUGGCGGCCCACGCGCCCUACCUGAUGUUCCCGCCGCCGCCCUUCGGGCUGCCCAUCGCCUCCCUGGCCGAGUCCGCCUCCGCCGCCGCCGUGGUGGCCGCCGCCGCCAAGAGCAACAGCAAGAACUCCAGCAUCGCCGACCUGCGGCUGAAGGCCCGCAAGCACGCCGAGGCCCUGGGGCUCUGACAGCCUUCACCUCGCCCCCCGAGCCCCGGCCACCCGCAGGCGUCUGUGUCACCCCGCACGGACCCGCCGCUCCCCCCGCUUCUCCUUUUCCUCCCCGGCCUCAGGGCGAGCAGCAAGCCCUGCCGCCUGUCUCUCGUUCUCGUCUUUUGUUUUUUUUUUGGGUUUGGUUUGGGUUGUUUUCCUUUAUUUUGCAUUUCUGCCCCCCUCUCCCAAGGUCUAACCCCCCCGCCGCUUUCCUCUCGCCCCUCUCGCCCCCAGGGACUCGGCGGCCGUGGGAGCCGGGCAAAGAGGGGAGCCCCGGCGGCCCUUGGUGGUCGUUGGCGCUGGGUGGCACGGAGGGGACCCCGCGCGGGGCGAGGGAGCCCGGCUGGGGCACGGGCACACCCCCCCCCACCUCCCGUCCCCCUCCCCACGGGUACCCCCAACCCGCAUCCACGAGUCCGAGACUCCGUGG